AUGGCUGAAUCCGCUGCUGAUGGGUGCCGUAUGUGUGGUUUCCUUCGGGAAGAGCUCAUACGACAGAAAAUAUGCCACGUUGGCGACAUUCGUAUCGGUGCGGGAUAUCUGUUUGGCGGACAGGGAUGGGAGGUCGAGAUCAUCGACACAGAUCCUGGCUUGGCCUUCUGGAGAUGCGAGGUCUUCGCGGUCGGAACAACGACCAAUGAUAUGGUCAAGCUUCACCGAAUUACAAUUCUCAAUUUUGAUAUCGAGUCUAGCAACCGUGAUUUGCGCCGAUGGCUGAGGGUGCACACGAAGCCCGCCCCCGGACCACUGGACUCGGCCAGUGUUGAAUGGCUCCAGUCACAGCUGCAACAAUGCGACUAUGGCUGGGACCUUAGAAAGCCAGAGGUGCCAUUCUUACCCACCAGACUGAUACAUGUCGGUCAGAACGAGGAUGACGCACCUCGACUUGUCAUCGUUGAAGACAUGCUCGAAUCUGGCAUGAUCGAUGCUCUCAAGUAUGCGACACUGAGCUAUUGCUGGGGAUCCAAAGAAGACGCUCUCAAGCAGACAAAAACCACAAAAGACACCAUUUUGACCCAUUGUCAAGGGAUGCCUCUUGGAUCCUUAAGUCCUGUCGUACGCGACACCAUCAAGGUCUGCAGGGCGCUCGGUAUAUUGUAUCUCUGGGCUGACGCUUUGUGUAUCAUCCAGGGAGACAAUGUAGACUGGGACCGAGAGAGUCAAAUGAUGGGACAGGUCUACCAUUCUUGUUAUGUGACAAUCUGCCCUCUCUCUUCACGAUCUUGUCUUGAGGGCUAUCUCGAACCAAGGUCGCAGGGCUUUGAAGUUGAAUUUCAAUCCUCGCGCCACGGACACAUCAGGGGUGUCUACAGACUUAUUCUCUCAUCCACAAAGGUCGACGCAAACAUAGUGGAGAAGUUUGAUCAAAGUCCAGCAGUAUGGAAGGAUCUCAAACAAUCCUCUUGGGAUCAAAGGGGCUGGACCUUUCAAGAGAGUAUCCUUUCACCCUGCAUGAUCUUGUUCGGACCCAAUAUGGGCCAUUUUGUUGACGAAAGUCUAACAAGGUCCGAGAACGGACACAUUGGCUACAAUAUGAUCCACGGUCAACUGCAAGUUAUGAUACGGAGAGCUCUCGGAAAACCUCACGAGGGACUGGAUCGCUCGACGAAUACUAAGACAAAAGUAUACCAAAACUGGGCUGCUGUGCACGAGGUCCAGCAAAGAGCCUGGACGUAUCCCGAGGACAUCUUCCCUGGACUCGCCGGUAUCGCUCAGGCAUUCGCAACACUUAUGGGCGACACAUAUCUGGCAGGCUUGUGGAAAGAAGAUCUAAAUUACCAACUGCUUUGGUACAUACCGCAGCCACCACCCGUCGGAUUGGCGUCACUUGUGCAUAGUUUGCAGCACGCAGAACCGUACAUCGCACCAUCAUGGAGCUGGGCUUCCCAAACCGCGUACCAGGACAACUUGGCUAAUAAAACAUUUGAAUCGCAUCCAGAGGCGGCGAGAAGGAAGAGGUGGACGCGCAUUGUCGAAUCUUCCAAGACGAUGCCUUGUCACAACAGGCCGGACUUUGCGCUGAUAGAUUACGACAUGGAUUCCCGAGGCAGUAACAUCUUUGGGGCUCUCACUGGGGGAUUUCUUCGAUUCAAGGGUAGGACGUGCCCGUUUCCUUCGAACGUCAGGAGGGAGGCCUUGAAGCACGUCCAUUCUCAUUUAUUUUGCGGGAAAUUUUCAGGCGGUACAGGAAUUUGCAUGCUUGACUAUGAUAUCAGCGACACCUUGAUACAAGCGCCAGAGAGUAUGCGAUUGUUUUGGGUAUCGAGCUGCUGCUCGGCAACGUUGCAAUGGGGGCGCAUAAAGUUCUUUGAGAACUGCAGCAAUCAAGACCUUGACGAUUGGAUGCAAAGGGAAGUAGAGGUUAGCGGUACAUCAUUUUCCAACGGCUAUGAGGAUAUCGAUGUGUGCCGAUAUUGCGCUGAUCCGACGCACAAACGUACGAAAUAUGGCCUUGUGAUCCAUCCUGCGGAGGAGCCUGGAUCGUAUGUGAGGGUUGGAGUCUUUGUGAUGUUUGCACAUAGGGGGGGGAUGGAUCUCUUCAAGGAUGAGGCAGAGGAGAUAAAACUCAUUUAG